AUGGCGAGCGUCCAGGCAGUUCAGGUCUUCGGCAAGAAGAAGAAUGCCACAGCCGUUGCGCGCUGUGUGCAAGGCAAGGGCCUGAUCAAGGUUAACGGCAAGCCGCUCAAGCUGUUUGCCCCUGAGAUUCUCCGGGCAAAGCUCUACGAGCCCAUCCUCAUCCUCGGCACCGACAAGUUCGCCGAUGUCGACAUUCGCAUCCGGGUCGCUGGUGGUGGUCACACCUCCCAGGUUUAUGCGGUCCGCCAGGCGAUCGCCAAGUCCAUUGUCGCCUACUACGCCAAAUACGUCGAUGAGCACUCAAAGAAUCUCCUUAAACAGGAACUGAUCCAGUUCGACCGCAGCCUCCUCGUUGCCGACCCCCGGCGCUGCGAGCCCAAGAAGUUUGGUGGUCGCGGUGCUCGUGCGCGGUUCCAGAAGUCCUAUCGUUGA